AUGGCCAAGUCAUCGACACCCAUCCAGCUCAUCCCACGCAUGACGGCGAAGGGCCCCUUCACUGUUGAAGUUCCCGGCCAGACUCCCGUCGAGGGCGAGACGCCAGUUCGCAGACAACCGCUGGCUAUCCCAGAAUUCGUCGAGCGGCCUGCUCCCGAUGUCACCACCGUCUAUGAGCUUGUCCGCGCCGCUGUCGCCAAGUACGGCAAUGCCAAGUGUGUGGGGUCCCGCAAGCUCGUCCGGACACACCAGGACAAGAAGAAGAUCAAGAAGAUUGUGGAUGGUGUCGAGACCGAGGUGGAGAAGUCAUGGACCUUCUUCGAGAUGAGCCCCUAUGAGUACUACAGCUACACCGAGUACGAGCAGUUGAUUCUGCAGCUCGGCUCCGGCCUGCGCAAGAUUGGCCUCGACAAGGCCGACCGCGUCCACAUCUACGCUGCCACCAGCGCCAACUGGCUGGCGACGGCUCACGGUGCUGCCUCGCAGAGCAUGCCCAUCGUGACUGCUUAUGACACUCUCGGCGAGGAAGGUCUCAGAUACUCCAUGGUCGCCACUAAGGCCAAGGCUAUCUUCCUCGACCCCCAUCUUCUGCCUACCUUGACCAACGUCUUGGCCGUUGCCUCGUCCGUUCAGGCUGUCAUCUGGAACAGCCAGCACCAGGUCAACCAGGACCACGUGGACAAGCUCAAGGCUGCCUACCCUCACAUCAACAUUCUCAACUUUGACGAGCUCGUCAGGCUCGGCAAGGAGAACCCCGUUGAGCCCGUCCCUCCCACCGCCGAGGACCUCUGCUGCAUCAUGUACACCUCUGGCUCUACCGGUACCCCCAAGGGCGUACCCAUCACCCACAGAUCCGUUGUUGCUGCCGUUUCUGGUGCCAGCGCUAUCGUCCAGCCUUAUAUCGGACCUGGCGAUGGUCUGCUCACGUACCUUCCUCUGGCCCACAUUCUCGAGUUCGUUUUCGAGCACGCCGCUCUCUGGUGGGGUUCCACUCUCGGUUAUGGAAAUCCGAAGACCCUCUCUGAUGCCUCGGUCCGCAACUGCAACGGUGACAUCCGCGAGUUCAAGCCUAGUGUGUUGAUCGGCGUUCCUGCCGUGUGGGAAACUGUCAAGAAGGGCAUCAUUGGCAAGGUCAAUGCUGGCAGCCCCGUUGUCCGCAACCUCUUCUGGGGUGCCCUUGGCCUCAAGGAGAAGUUGAUGUAUGCUGGUCUUCCUGGCAGCGGUCUUCUGGAUGCCGUCGUGUUCAAGAAGAUCAAGGAGGCUACUGGUGGUCGUCUCAGACUGUGCCUCAGCGCCGGUGGGCCCGUCUCCAAGGAGACCCAAAAGUUCAUCAGCUUCGCCAUCGCUCCCAUGAUUAUCGGUUAUGGUUUGACCGAGACGACCGCCAUGGGUACUCUCCACAACCCCUUUGAGUGGUCUGCCGAUUCCAUUGGUGCCAUGACCGCGUCCGUCGAAGCCAAGCUUGUCGACUUCCCCGAUGCCGGCUACUAUGCCACCAACAAGCCCAACCCCCAGGGUGAGAUCUGGCUGCGCGGUCCCACAGUGCUCAAGGAGUACUACGAAAACGAGAAGGAGACGGCCGAAGCCAUCACCCCCGAUGGCUGGUUCAAGACUGGUGAUAUUGGUGAGUGGGACAAGAACGGCCACCUCAAGAUCAUCGAUCGCAAGAAGAACCUGGUCAAAACCCUCAACGGCGAGUACAUUGCUCUUGAGAAGCUCGAGUCCAUCUACCGGUCCGUACCUGUUGUCGCCAACAUCUGCGUGUACGCCGAUGCCGAGCAGGCCAAGCCCAUCGCCAUCAUCGUUCCCGCCGAGCCAGCGCUGAAGAACCUGGCGGCUCAGCUUGGUGUUGAGGGCGAUAGUAUCGAGACGCUUGUGCAUGAUAAGAAGCUGCACAGCGCCGUCCUCAAGGAGCUCCAGGCCCAGGGUCGUGCCGGUGGUCUCUCGGGCAUUGAGAUCAUUGAUGGUGUUGUUAUCGUCGAGGAUGAGUGGACUCCUCAGAAUGGCCUCGUCACCGCUGCCCAGAAGCUCAACCGCAGAGGCAUUCUUGAGAAGUACAAGAAGGAUGUCGCCAAGGCCUAUGGCAAAUAA